CCGAAGUGCCCCCGUCACUCCGGUUUGGAGCUGGACUGAAACGGAUCGGGGUGUAAAGUUGAACCCGCUCACACACAGGGAUGAUGAAGUGAGCUUGGGCUGUGUUCCAAUCGCAGACGCAGGUUAAACCUGUCAGAGGGAGUUUUAAAGCUCAUCUGUGGAGGCUGGAGCUCAUGGAGCGGCUCAGUGCGCGUUUCUGCCCGCGCGCUUUUCUGCGGGACUGAUCUCAGGACGCGGGACUUCAGGCCGGGUUUCAGCCUCUUCAGCGGUGUGUGGAGGGGAUUUACAGCAUGGCUGGGGUUGGGCUGCUUCUUCUGAUGGUGUGUGUGUGUGUGAGUGUGUGUGGAGCCUCGUGGGGCGGACAGCAGCGCUACAGCCUGUACGCAGGGAGCAGGGAGCAUGGACCGGCUGGGGACGGAGCCCGAGCCGCCAGCAGGCACAGGAACUGGUGUGCGUAUGUGGUGACGAAGACAGUGAGCUGCGUGGUGGAGGACGGAGUGGAGACGUACGUGAAGCCUGAUUAUCAGCCGUGUUCCUGGGGAGUGCAGUGUCCUCGCAUCUUAAUGUAUCGGACGUAUUUGAGGCCGAGAUAUAAGAUAGCGUAUAAAAUGGUCACUGAGAUGGAGUGGAAGUGUUGCCAUGGAUACAGCGGCGAGGACUGUAACACAGAGAACGGCGGCGGGAACGGAGGAUCUGUCACUCAGAUUUCCACAGCGAGACCGUGGCCUAAGCCCUUCAACCCGGGACACACAGGACACGGACAGAACGGAGGGAACGGGAGAGGCGACAGCGACAAGAUGAAACAGAUGGAGGACAAAAUCCAGCGUUUGACUAAAGACCUUCAUGACUUGCAGUCGACGUUACGCACCAUGAACGAGAAGUUUCAGGAGGAGAUGAAAAAACCCGGAUCGAGCGGUGGAAAAACGCCGGCGGACGCGGCUCAGCCUGAAAUGAAGGAAACGAUUCACAACAUCCAGACCAAACUGGAUCAGCUGGACAAUCGGACUCAGGCUCAUGAUAGAACUCUCGAUAGCAUCAAUAAUCACCUGGUUAACGGAAGAGGCGGGAAUGAUCUGGACGGCCAUGAUGGAGGCAGAUUCAACGUCUUGAAGGAGGAAAUCCUGCGCGAGUUGGAACGCCGGGUUUCUCUGUCCUGCACUGCUUGCCAAGCCGGCGUUGACGACCUCCGGAGAGAGCAGCAGAGGGACAGAGAGAGGAUCUCAGCUUUGGAAAAGAAGAUCAACGACCUGGAACAGAAGAACCGCCAGGUUCUGGAUGGACUGCGUCGGGAUCUGAGCCGAUCUCAAACCUGUUGUGAUAAAAUCAGGGAUCUCGAGACGAAUCUCAGGGAUAUGGAUAAGAAGAUCACUUCGACUUCCGAGAUGUGCACCAGUCUCGAGGAUCGUCUGGAGAAAGAGCUUCAAGGAACAGGAGGUGGUGGAGGUUUCGGAGGAGCAGGAGAAAGUGGAGGAGGACAGAGAAGACCGGAGGAUACGCUGAACAGUUACCUGGAAGACUUAGAAAGACGGAUUAACAGCACAGUGCAGAGGACAGAAGAAAACUGCGCUUACAUGGAGAAUGAUUUGAAGGAUUUGUUCCAAAAAGGCCUCAUAGACCUACGCAAGGAGAUCAACGCUCACCUCGAUGUUCAAGACAACAGAAUCACAGAUAUAGUCCUGGACAUCGGGAUCGUGAAAGAAACCCUGUUUGAUCUGGACAAGCGCUUGUCUCGGCUGCAGAAUGCCACGUCUCAUAUGGAUCGGAGAAUAAACGAAUGCUCUUCGUGCCCUGGUUCUAAAAGACCCACGGGAGGAAGUGGAAUUAGACCCACCGAAGAUACGGAUACAGUCAAGUCCCUGGAAUGGAGAGUUUUUGCUAACGAGGAUGAGAUCAAGAGAUUUGACACGAGGAUCAAAGAUCUCUCUGUUUCCGGCGACUCUCUGCUGGAUAAAGUGAUCGAUCUUAGCCAUGACGUACGAAAGAUCAAAGAGGUGACCGGCGACAACGGUGAACAUUUCAUUCGUAUCAUUACCGAAAUUGAGAACUGCCAAUCAGACCUUUGUAGGACGGUGCAAGAUGACCUGAGGAGGCUCAAGAACAUCACGAACCAUGCCAUGGAUAAGUGGCAAACGGAUAUGAAUUACAUAAAGGGCAAGGUGGAUUCGGGAUGCUCGGGCGGAUGCAGCACCCUGCAAGAGGAAGUGAAUAAACUUAAAGAGGAUGUGCAUAAAUGCAAGAUCUGUUUGGAGACUACGACAGGACCAGUAACAGAACCAGGAGACCUGGACGGUCCUCAGAAACCCCUCGAUGGCCACAGUGUGAUCAGCAGCAACAACGCUAACCUCGGAUCAAUCCAGGGCGAGUUAUCAGGAGUCAUUUUAACCUUCAGCUCCAUCAACGACACUCUGAAAGGUUUGGAGCACAGUGUCCGGAAACACGACAGCGUUAUCACCGAUCUGGGAAACACAAAGGACAAGAUCAUCUCCGAGCUUGAUAAGAUCCAGCAGGAAGUGACGGAGCACAUCGAGGACAGUAAGAUGCGCUUCGACAACAUCGAUCGCGACAUCAAGCGUUUCGGAAGCAACUUUAUAGAGAGAACAGGCAACGGCCUCGACAAGAGGAUCACCAAACUCGAAGGGGUUUGUGGUCGACUCGAUUCUGUAUCUGAGAGCUUACAGAAAAUCAAAGAAGGACUGAACAAGCACGUGACGGGGCUGUGGAGCUGCGUAAACGGGCUGAACACGACCGUGAUCCACCACAGCAGCUUCAUCGACACCAUGGAGAGCACACAUCUGGAUGGCAUCCAUGGCAAGAUCAAACAGCUCAACUCCUCAGUGCAGCAUCUUCUCAAGGAGUUCAGGAGCCUGAUGGAGCACGACUUCACAGGUCUGCCUGGACCCCCGGGUCCUCAGGGAGAGACAGGUGACAGAGGAAUUCCAGGACUUCCAGGACUUGCUGGACCACAAGGACCACCAGGACCAACUGGUAAACCAGGUGUGGAAGGACCAAGAGGACCACCAGGUCUCAGAGGAGAACGAGGUCUCCCAGGCGUCGAUGCUAACGUUCCUCAGGUGUCGUUCUCGGCCGCGCUCACGAACCCGAUGACUUCAUCCGGAACCAUAGUGUUUGAUAAAAUCUUUGUGAAUAAAGGAGACUUUUACGAUCCACGAACAGGAAUCUUCACGGCUCCUCGGGAUGGUCAUUACUUCUUCAGCGCCAUUCUGACGGGUCACAAGAACGAGAAGAUCGAAGCGGUUCUGUCCAAGUCGAACUACGGGAUGGCGCGCGUGGACUCGGCCGGGUAUCAGCCCGAGGGCCUGGAGAACAAGCCGGUGGCGGAGACGAAGCCGACGCCCGGAUCUCUGGCCGUGUUCAACAUCAUCCUGCCGCUGCAGAUGCACGACACGGUGUGUGUGGACCUGGUGAUGGGGAAACUGGCGCACUCGGUCGAACCUCUCACCAUGUUCAGCGGCGUUCUGCUCUACGAGGAUUACUCAUAACCCUGAGAUUUCUCAACGACGGGGCCGAACCUCGACCUCCCGAGUCGCACCGUGGACACGCUCACACACGUUUCUGUGAUUCUGUUCUUGUGUGAACUCCUGAAUUCAGAAGAGGAUUUAAUUCAAUCCAUUAUAUUUACUCUUUCCUUUUGACCUUUUGGAGACGCGUUUUUUACAGAAACUACUGUUUUUUUUAUUAAUAUUAUUAUUAUUAUUAUUUUUAUUAUUAUUAUUGAUAUGAAAAUUAUUUCAGAUUUUAUAUAAAUCACACAGUGUUAUGAAUCGUUUUUCACUUUCAGUAUAAAAGUAGGCUAAGACUCUCGCUGCAGUUCGUGUGCCGAUAUCGCUAAUCACAAUAUCCCAUCACAAUCGUUUAUUAAUUAGCAUUAGGUUUAUCAUAAUAUUGUAUCUUUAUUGUCAUUGAUCAGCUUCUUGAGCGCGGAUAAACUUCUGAGCAGUGCCUCAUCUGGGAUUCACUAGAAGAAAAACUUCUCUUGCUAGCUAGCAUGUAGCCGUGAAGUCAUUUAUACACACUUUAUACACACUUUAUACACACUUUAUAAGGACACAGUGAGAGUGGAAACGAGCCAGAAUUUUCCGGAACGUCAACAUUUACCUCAGAUGUGUUGGAAAAUUACUAAAAGAAAGACUCCAUAUGACUAAAAUUAUGCUGUAAUUAUGGUUAGCAUUGACCGCUAACUCAACUUCUAUGUUUUCCACUAUAGUGAGAAAAUCAGCUCUCAGAAAGUUUAAAUUUUCAUACAAAAGGUGCUAUGUUAAUAAAACAAAUAAAAAAAACCCCACAAAAUAUGGAACAGAUUAUGCAGCAGAAAAUACAAGCACAGGAUUAGCUUUUGUAGCAAAGAACUAGCAUAGCUAACACUAGCUAGCAAGUCCCACAUGUUAGCUAGCUACAUGCAACCAUGAAAAGUGCUUCUGUGGAUCUACAAACACAAAUCUGACUGUUAAUCAGAACAGGAAAGAAAAUAUUCACUGAGAGUCAGCAGUUAGCGCAAAUGUUAGCAUGCUAAUAUGUUCCUCAGUCAGAGAGACAGUUCUGUCAGCCAUGUUUUUAACCUCUAACCUCUGUGGUGAACAGAAUUAUGGGGAAAAAACAAAAUGUCUGAAAUGAGGACAUUAAGAAGACUGUUGUGUUUACGCUAUGAUAGUAAUGAUGUACAGGUUAAAUAUAUCCUACAACUGAUUAGCGGCACAUGCCUAGCGCUCACCUGAUAAAGUGUGUGUGUGUGAGUGUGUGUGAGUGUGUGUGUGUGAGUGUGUGUGUGUGUGUGUGAGUGUGUGUGUGUGAGUGUGUGUGAGUGAGUGUGUGUGUGUGAGUGUGAGUGUGUGUGAGUGUGUGUGUGUGUUUGGAAAGAAGAGCAAAAAAAUAAAAAUGCUUUACGUUGGCUGGUAACUAUGGAAACCAUCGCCAUCAAUGAACAUUAUAGAAAAAAGAAAACUCACAAUAUAAUACACACAAGAUCUGUCUAAGAAUUAAAAAUGAGGUUUUAAUAAAAACAACGAAAUACGAUUUCAGGAUAAAUAAAAAAGGCUAAUAUUUACAGGCAAUGAUAAAUAAACAAAUAAAUAAAUAAAUAAAUAAAUGACAAUUUUCAGGCUUGUAAUUUAACUCCAUUUCACUUCAUCUGACAGAAUAGUUAGUGUUCCUCAAUGUGAAUCAACAUUAAAGCGCCUAUAAGCAACAUUAGCAUUAGCAUUCUUUUAAGACAUUAUCUCUCAAUGAAGUUUUAUAAAAAUGGCUACAGCAAAACAACUAUGACUACGACUUUAAAGAGCCAAUAAAGGAUAUUAGCGUUAGAGACAAUAAGGAAUAUGAUACAAAUGAAGCCGAAUGAUGACAACUUUAAAGGGCCGAUAAAGUGUUUUAGCAUUAAUGUUAGCAUUAAGACUGUUACCACUAGCAUUAGCACUGAGUUGAGAGCGUUCCCUUAAAUCCAGGAUGGUCAAUGCAGAAAAAAUAAAUAUUUCACAUGAUGUCAGAGCAACCAGACCAAAACAUCGACAUUCUCCCUUCAUGCAUUUCAGCUUUAAAGUGCCUAUAAAGAGAAUUAGCUUUAGCACUAGCAUCUUUGUAUGACCUGGUUUGGUAAUGAGACAGUGAAAAAGUGCUUACAGCUGAAAGCCAAAGAAAUUACGAGUGCGAGUUUAAAGCGACUGUAAAGAGAAUUAGCAUCAAUAGAACAUUGUUUUUGUUUGUUUUUUUAUGAAAAAUUCCAAAGCGAUGUCUGACUUCAUCACUAACUGUUUGUAACGAGAGGAGAUGUUUCUGCUAACCCUCGCCUCGAGUGACGCGUCACGCUGCUCUCGCUCUUCUGCAUUACCAGCUGGUAUUAUUAUUAUUAUUAUUAUUAUUAUUAUUAUUUUGACUCUUUCCCUCAGAAAACACGUUCACUUUGUAAACGGUGGAAACGGAAGCUGAAUAACUGAAGCCCGCGUGACGUGUGGCGGCUCCUCGCGGUUUAACCUGUGACUCUGAAUGUGUUUGUUGGCAGCACAUGUGUUAAAUAAAGAUAUUUAAUUUUA